AAGGAAGGAGCCUCCCCUCUCGGAGCAGAUUCGGCAGUGCCCCACCCGCGCCCCUGCUUCCUGAUUGGCUGGUGGUCCCCGCCAAUUAAAAGUCUUCUCCAGUGCCCCCGCCCUAUUAACCCAGUCGUCACUCUCUAGUGACUGGCUUGGCUGGGAUGCGGGCUCUCAACUCGGGACCUGUGAAGUCAACUGGCACUUGUUGAAAUUCAGAUUCCUGGGCCCGACUUUUUCCGAAGAGCCUGAUUUAGUAGACAAGCGCUUCUGGAAGCGGCAGAGCUCCCACCCCGCGCAGGGCCAUGGCCGAGCCCGGAGAGCAACUGCCAGAGGAGGUGCUGGUGCUCAUCUUUCGCUACCUGCCCCUGCGGGACCGUGUUGCUGCCGCCAGGGUCUGCAGAGCCUGGGCUGUUGCUGCCGCGUGCAGCGUCGUGUGGCGCGACACGACCAUCAGAAGUUGCGACUGUGAGCGAGAAGGCACGCUGCUACCAUAUCUGACUGCCAGCCUGGACCACGUUCACAACCUACGGCUGGAAUUUGAGCCGUCGAGGGAGCCGAGCCGCCGGGCGGCCACUGAGUUGCUGACCGCACUGGCGGGCCGCACCCCGGGGCUUCGAAGCCUGCGCCUGGAGUGCCGCGGAGAAAAGCCGCUCUUCGACGCAGGCCGCGACAUCCUGGACGCCGUGCACGCCGUCUGCCGGGCCGCCUGCGCGCUGCGCCACCUCGACCUUCGGCGCUUGCCUUUUACACUGGACGACGCGCUGGUGCUGCAGGCGGCACGCGGCUGCCCCGAGCUCCGCAGCCUUUUCCUGGACAACUGUACGCUGGUGGGCAGCGUGAGGCCCGACUCCGUGCUCCAGCUACUAGAAGCCUGCCCGCGCCUGCGCGCCCUCGGCCUGCACCUAGCCAGCCUGUCGGGCACUGCCCUCCAGGUGCUGGCGGCGCCGGACCGCGCGCCUUUCGCCCUCCUGGCCCUACGGUGCGCGUGCCCCGAGGACGCACGCGCGCCACCCCUGCCCGAGGAAGCCUGGGCCGCGGUGCGCCGCCGCCACCCAGGACUGGCCGUGGAGCUGGAGCUGGAGCCAGCGCUGCCUGCAGAGAGCGUGACGCGCGUCCUGCAGCCUGCCGUGCCGGUGGCUGCGCUACGCCUCAGCCUCUCUGGGGACACGGUAGGCCCGGUGUGCUUUGCAGCGCGCCACUACGCCGCAACCCUGCGCGCGCUCGAGGUGCGCGCCGCUGCCUCAGCUGAGCUGGACGCCGCGCUAGAGUUGCUGGCGGCGCGCUGCGCGGGCCUGCGUGAAGUACACUGCUUCUGCGUGGUACGACCCUCUGUGCUGCACGCCUUCCGCACGCAGUGUCCGCGCCUGCGCAGCUACACGCUCAAACUAACGCGGGAGCCGCAUCCCUGGCUGCCCACGCCUCUGGCGUGA